GGCGCGGGGGGGCCAGUGCGGAAGGGACCGCGGCGGAGGAAGGUGUGUGUCGUCGUCGCUCUCUCUCUCUCUCUCUCUCUCCUCCCGCAGCUCUCGCCAGGAGGAUGUCUUCUUCUCAGCCUCGAAGGGUCGUCCUCAGCACCGGGAAUAUUCUCGAGAUGGAGGACCUGAUACGCAAGGCGGGGCAGACCACGUCGGAGGAGCUGAGUGGGAGUAUAAAAACCACCCUUAACAGCUGGGAAGGGGGGAAGGUUGACCUGCAGAAUGGCGGGGUGUUCACCAUACAGAGGAAUUUCAAGAGACUCGCGACCAACGACAACAGCGGCACCAAGACCACGGUGAAACUCUUCCUCAGCAAUAACGAAUCCACGCAGGUAGAGGACGCAAUCAGAACAGUAUGCGAUGGCCUAGAUCUCCCAAGCAUAGACUCGGUCAUUGUCAGCCCCCCUGAUGUCAGUGAUGACGUUACUCUCGCCAGUUUGGAGCCAAUGUGGAGAGCACUUGAAGACGCUGUUGACCGAGGGGCUGUCAAAGCCAUAGGCCUGGCAGACAUCCCAGUGCGAGCAUUAGUGGAAUUAUACGAAUGGGCGAAGGUGAAGCCUACAACUGUGCAGGUCAACCUAUCAUCCUGCUGUGUUGUGCCGCAAGAACUAACAACCUUCGCGCAGAACAAUGACAUUCAAGUCCUAACACACAAUGAUCCAGCUGAAAUAGUGGAUGAAGAAGUGAUAUCCACCAUCACCAGCCGCCUAGGCUUAUCGGGGGUCCAGUGCCAAGUGGAGUGGGUGGCAAGGCACCGGACAAUCCAGCAGUGUUUCGGCUUGAUACAAGACAAGGGCUACACGCUUGCCCUUGCCUGUGAUGGUUAGGGCCUGGCUAUGAUAGCGCCUGCAGUCCAACAAGAUUCAAGUUACAACCACGUUAAAUGAUGUUGUUAUGGAGCUCGAGUGUAGGGAAUGAAAUAUGCAUGAUAUACUAUAUACAUUCUGUUCUUGAACUACAUUAGCAACAGUUUUAUCAUUGUUUACAUUCAGUAAGAUAAAAACAGCCUCAUUGUGUGUUUACACACACACACACACACACACUCACACUCUCACACUUGCACUCAUACUCACUCAUAUUCACACUCUCACACUCACACUUGC